CAUCAUCGCAGCACUACGGUUUUCUGAUACAUCGAUAUAAAUCAUUUGAUUUGCAAAGUACGACAGGUUUAUGGAGUUCUUGGAUCGCUAACAUGUCACAAACAGGUUCAAAAGCGGACCACAUGAGCUACCGCAUUGGUCGUGGCGAACAAGGCGUCCUUACGUUUGAGCCCUACAGUGCCGAGAUUCUACCACUCUGGCGCUUCAAAACCCCUGCUAUUGCUCGCCAGAGUUCCAAAAAAAUAUAUGACAAGUUUUUUGAGUAUGAGAAACAAGACGACUUUGUGGGCAUGGAUAUGUGCCGGAAGUUCCUGCAGAUGGGUAUGACAAGGGCAAAGCGAUAUGCGAAUCAUGCGGGAGGAAGGAAAUAUGACAAGGAAACUGGAAAAGAGCUCGGGAGAAGCACCAACCAUGAGGGUGCCAAGGAAAAGCUGGAGGCUUCGAUGAUUUUCAGAGAGGUUUGGGAGAAGGCGAAAACGUAUGAGACAUACGUCGAGAAGAAAAAAAUAUUCCUCAAAGAGCAAAAAGAGUGGGAUAAGCAGCAGAAGAAAGAGGCGAAGGUGUGAACUUAGCAUGACCAGCGAAAAUUUGGUGGUGUAUAACGCGAACGAAGAAGAGUCAGAGCGUCGCUAUUGUUGUGCUGCCGCCUUAAGGAUCUGUGC